GUUACAAAUUUGUCAUAUUACGAUCUUUUCAUAUAAGAUGGCCUGUAACAAGUCACUUUAUAUACUGUUGGCUCUGACAGCCUUAAAUUUAAUCACUGCACAAGAAGAUUCUGGUGCUAACACUAAUUCAGAUUCUCCAAGCAGACACGAAACUCCUCAAGAGGAAAUACGUCCUUCGUUCGGAUUUGGUUUUAGACGACACGAAUAUUCUGAACAUCAUAGAAAUUUUAAUAACGACCCUGGAAAUCAAGAUCCACUCAGGAAUAUUGUAAGGUGUAAUCACACAAUCACCGUAAGUGACAAAAUGUAACUUAUACUAUAAAAAAUUAUAACUGCACAAUUUAAAUAAAUGAAUCGCAAACGUCACAAUAAUCCAAUUUAAACUACAAAUAUGUUAUCGACUUACAGCCUGGAAGAAUUUGUAUUAGUUGCGAUGUUACCUUAAUUUGCUCACGAAUUGAUCUUGGUAUUAUCUCAACAUGCAAAGGACGCAGGCCCCACUGCAAUCAAGGUGUUUGUUCUACAACACCAAGCGAGGAUUGCAUCUCUACAUCUAUCGAAUAAAAGAUAUAUUAACCGGCAACAUCAGUAAGUAUUAACAAAAUCUGACAAACGAAAACACAAAGCAGGACACACAAAGCAUAUUCCAUGAAUGGAAACGCUUAAAGCCGUUGAGACAAUUUACGCGUCAUCACGUCGCUUCUCCAAUACCUUGCCUUAGUUCUAGUAGAACUAACUAUUCCAAUCAUUUGGAAUAGUUAGGUAUACUAAUAAUUGAGAUCGCCCUAUGGUGAACACAUACAAGAAUCCUUCCCAGUUCUUUAAGGUACCAUUCCGUAGCCGACCGCAGAUAGCAGCAGCAGGCGACGUGUCGUCGCGACACUACUGGUUUCUAUGUAGUUCUAUGAAAUACAUACCUUCCGUAGUUAGCGACACAUCGUUUGCCGGAGCGGUAGACAUGUCGCCCGACCGCAGAUCAGUAGUGCCGCCACGCCCGAGCGACACAUUAAAUUUUUCUCAAAAAAUGAGUUUCACCGGAAGAGAAACUGAUAAACCAGGAGGCCCAAUAUCCCGCACUGUACGAUGCAUCUCACAAUAAUUAUUUAAACAGUGUGACAAAAGAUAAUACUUGAAAUAAUUUAAAAAUAAAAAUUUUGUACAGCCGACUUCAAUUUAAGUUAUU